GGGUGGAGGGCUCCCCUGCGCCGUGACAGCCCCUGCUCGCGCGCCCCAGCGGCUCCCCUCAGCGGCCGGUUGCCCGCGGGGUCCUCCCCGCCUCGGAGGCCGCUGCCCUGCUGGGGGCCGGGACACGCCUCGUCCGGCCGCGACCGGUCCGAGGGGCCGGGAACGAGGGUUCAGAUCGCGCUUCUUCCCCUUUCUUGUGCGUCCGCCUCCCUCCGCCGUAGCUGCCUGCCGGGGCACGGCCGUGGUCGGAGCGGCUGGGGGCCCUUCGCCGCUCGGGAGGUGCCAGCUGGCCGCCGGGACGAGCGCAGAGGGCAGCGGUAGCCGGCGGGGCUUGCGGCGUCCUGGGGUAGCCCGCCCGCCUGUCCAACCCGCCUGGCGCUGAGGAGAGCCAGGCGGGCUCGGCGCGCCUCGCUUCACAGACUGACCGGGCAGCGGAGCGGGCUCGCCCGGGUGCGUUUUUUUUUUUUUUAGUUGUAAAUCACCUUUUCUUUUUAUUUCAGACCAUUUAGAUUAAUGGACUGAAAAGGAUAGGACCGUCACUCGAUCUUCAGGGAUGUGUGGGCUUGUCGCUAAAAUUAGCAAGGAACUUAAUGAGUUAAAAGUGUAGCGAGCUAUGCAUCGUUAAUGUUUAGUGAAGCAUUCUCUUUAAAUGCUUAUAAAGGUAAUUCUGAAGACCAUGUUGAUCAAAAAAAAAAAAAAAGAUGCAAAGUAUUAAGGCAGUAAGUAAGGCCAAGUUAGAGCAGCCCUUCUGGCUCCCAGUGUGAAUGUUCUUAGUGCUAAAUGAGUAUCCAAUAACUUAGACCAUUUCAGUAAACUUUGCCUUUAAAUACUUUUCAACUAAACUGUGUGAUCCUGAUGUUACAUUAAAUGCAUGUAAUAUGCAUUAUUUGUUUCCAGUUCCUACAGCUAGAUGCUAAUACAACAUAGAAUCAAUUGUUUGUUUAUUUAUUUAUUGCCAGCAUUCUGUGGUGUGGAUACAUGCCAGUGCACCGGAAUUAAGAUUUAUUUUUGAUGAGCUAAUAUGAAUUUAAGCAGGGAGUCAUUAAACAAAGCCAGUCUUUGCCAGGUACUGACAUGGUUGGUCUGUUUUAUAUGAGAACACUACGUCCUCCUUGGUUAGGAAUGAGGAAGAAAAUUUUGCCCCUACCUGGUAACUCUUGAGACAAAAAGUUCUGUGUAAAAGUAAUAACACCGGGGACUCACUCUGCUAGCACAGCUUCUGCAGCUCAGGCAACUGAGACUAACUUUUACUGUCCUAAGGUACGUGGCUAGUAAGUCAGUUGCUGGUUUUGUCCAAAAUAACAGCCCUGUUUUGGAAAGUGACUUUUUCAACUUAAACAAGCAGUCUGUUACAAUAUCAUGUGGGAGUUUUCUCAAGUUAUUCUCUUCCAUACUUGGAGAAUAAAAAAAAAAUCUUCCCUGUCAUCAAUAGCAACUGGGUAUCUGUCUAACAUGAAAUGUAGAUAAGACACAAUUUUCAGUGACCGGAGCUGAAUGCUGUUUAAAGGUAUCAGUGGUCAGCUCUCCAGGCUCCCACCCAGCUGCCGCUGUAGGUGGUGUGGUGCACUGGGGGCGUUGCAGAUGGAGUGUGUAUUUAUGAGGGAGCAUGCAGCAAAGUCUGAGCAGUUACUGUGUAAGUGGUUUCUCUCUGCAUUGCAUGGAGUCUGUUUUUGCUGUGUAGGUGACUUGCUGUGUGCGCUGACCUGCGCCACCAGAAACCUGAUUCCUGACAUCAUCAUCAUCAGUGGAUAUAAUUUGUGUAACAGUUACAUUAAAAUAAGUUUUCUCCCUGACCUUCUGAAAUGUAGUUUCAGUAAUCCUUGAUUAUAGCAGACUAGUUUCAUUAAAAAAAAAAAAAAACAAGGUACUUCUAACUUAGUCUAAUACAUAGUACCAUCUUAAUUCAACUAAAGGUUGUUUGAGGAUUGUGGUAGGAUAUAUUUAAACUAGUUAGAUAUAUUUAAGAAUUCAGUCUGUAUAUUUUAGAUAUAUCAGUCUGAUGUGUGUUUUUAGUUUGAAUUCUAUAUUACAGUUGUGCUACGGGUAUUCAUUCUCCUUAAAAUUCAACUUUUACCCAGUCUGUUGGUCAGUAGGCUGAUGGUGUAGAUUUGUGACUGAAUUUUGUCUUUGUAUCAGACUCAGUGAUAUUUGCUAUUGAGAGGAAGUGUAUUAUAGACAUUUAAAAUGCAUUUGUUAAUUCAUAUUCUUAAUCUUGCAUUAUUGUUAUUUUGUAAAAAGUUAUUUUACUAUAUUUCUUAAACUGUAUUGAAAUUCUGACAUCCCUUUGGUUAAUGAUUACAAAAUAUGUUACAAACUUUUCCUUAAAUAAAGCAGGUACGUGAUAUGCAGGGAAGCUUAUAAACCCCAUGUUUUUAUUAAGAAAAUGAAAUUUAAAGAGACAGCGUUAUCUAGUUAAUGAAUUCGGCAGGAACACUUGUUACUGUGUCAGAUGUAAGUGGGGAAGAAAAGCGUUCUUGGUCCAAGACAAGAGACUUGUAUUAGCAAAUGUUAAUCUGGCUUUUCAAAUAUCACUGGCUUCUGCUGUGCAGCCAGUAAUGCUCACAAAUUCAGUAGCUUUAUUUUUCUUAUGCAGGAAAAGUCUACUGGCUAAUUCUUUAAAAGUAAAGCCACCUGAAAAUUAUGGCAGUUAUAAGUUUCACAAAAAUACUAUAACACUGAAAUAUAUUUCAAUUUUUUAAUUUUAUGUCACAAGAUUAUCCAGUCUUAAAAUAUCAGUUAUUUUGAGGAGUUUGAAGUGUAAGACUGAAGCAGAAGACUUUCUUUUUGAUAGUCUUAUUUAUAAUACAAAUAAUGAUUUGAGGUGGGUAACAUUAUGAAAAUUUGUGCUGAGCAUCAUUAAACUUGAGACUGAGCUUAAAGUGUUGGUCACUGCGUGUGCCUUGUCUAACCCAGAAUUUCUUUGUUAAUCACCAGCAGAGCUCAACUGAUGAUGUUCCCAUUAAGGAAAUCUUGGACUAGAAAUUGAGUAAAAUGUGUGUAUGCUCAAAUGCCGAGGUGGCCAAACCUCGUGACAUCCAGCUGCAUACCAGAUCUUUAUGUGGCCAAGGAACACUGCAUGCUUCGGAGCUGGGAUGGGCGAGAGGAGCGUAUGGAUGAGGUGACAGUGAUUCCCUAGGGCUCCUGGAUCACGCCAGGAGGGAGCUGGGUCCUCUGUUGUCUCAGGCUCUCAGAGUCUGCACUAGUUGUGUGACAGAGCUGCGCUCAGGCUGCUGGCAAACUCGUGUGACUCAGGCAAUGAAUUGGCCCUGUACAGUUGUAAUAUCGGAAAGCAUCGUAAGCGCUAUCUCCCAUAUGUUUGCAUUGUGGUGUUUUCCACUCCGGCGUCAGCUGUUUUGGUCAGUGCCCAAGAUGUAUGCAGUGUGAAACAAAAUUUGACUUCAUAACUAGAAAGCAUCACUGUCGAAGAUGUGGAAAGUGCUUCUGUGACAAGUGCUGCAGUAAAAAAGUGCCUCUGCCUCGCAUGUGCUUUGUGGACCCUGUGCGCCAGUGUGCUGAAUGUGCCCUCAUCUCGCAGAAAGAAACAGAGUUUUAUGACAAACAGCUUAAAGUGCUCAUGAAUGGUGCUACAUUCUUUGUAACUCUGGGAACAUCUGAUAAACCUGAGCUUAUGGUUUGUCGACUUUCCAACAAUCAGAGAUACCUGGUUUUGGAUGGAGACAGCCACUAUGAAAUUGAAAUUAUACAGAUUUCAACUGUUCAGAUACUUACAGAGGGAUUUACUCCUGGAGAAAAAGAUAUUCACACUUACACCAGCCUUCUGGAGAGCCAGCAUAUUACUGAAGGAGGUAAUACUCGUGCCAUAGGUAUGAUUCUGCAGUACAAGGCACCAGGAUCUGAGGAGCUAACGCAGAUGAAGUUUACAGCCAGUGAAGACCUCAGCUGUAACAAGAAGCUGGCAGCAAGCUGGCUGGCAGCGAUGCAUAAGGCAACAAAACUUCUUUAUGAGUCCCGGGAUCAGUAAGACCAGCAAACUGUUGGCCACUUGAGGGAAGACACCAGCCUCCACAGACCUGCCUCUCCCAUUUUGGUAAUUUGACAGCUGGUAACAUCUGCUACUCUUGACCCUUUCUCAUUCCAGUGUGGUUCACUAUGUAAGAACUGGCAAAUGCAGUGUAAGUGUUUUUUUUGAACCAUGAGUAUUCACUCUAGUGUGCAAUAUGUAUACAAUUAAUGCUUUAAACAGCCUCACCUUUUAAGACUUUGUAUAUUUUGUUAAGCCUUUAUUGGCACUUAAUAUGAAAGUGACCUGCACUACAGCUAAUGUACAGCACAACUUUUGUAGUAACAAUUAUAUUUACUGUUUGCUACAAAAAGCAAACAAAUGUGUAUGUCUCUUCUGCAGAGAAUAGCUUUUGGGUAUAGAUCUCAGGUUUUUCCCUCUAUCCAAAUGUUUAAAAUCAAUGUACAAUAAAAUCUGCCUUAGAUAUGAUUUUAUAGAAGUCACUUGAUUUUUUUUAAACAUUUCAUUUUAAACAUCUAAGUAUUUCACCAAAUACCAUCAAAUUGGACUUACAUGAACAUGAUCUUGAAGCUUUCCUUCUGUAAUAAAUAAGCUUCCAGAAUAAUUUUUAGUUUUGUAUUUUCUUUUUGGUAACUAGCUUUUGUUAAUUAACUGUAAUGCUCUCUGAAAUUGUAUACAAUUUAAUGUACAAAUAUGAAUAAAUUAAUUCACUUAUUUAAAAAAA